UGUUUGUGGUUGCGCCGGAUUGUUAUUUUUAUAAUAAUUUUUGAUUUUAAAUAAUGGUUGCUCAAUACAUAUACCCAUCCUAAUAAUUCCUAGACGCAUCUCUCAUCACCCACCUAUUUUGUCCCAAUCCUAUGUCGGUACUAGUUCCGGAACGGGCUAUAGGUGGCGCGCACGACGAUGAGUCUCUAAUAAGAAUUAAUUAGUGACAAUUUUGAUGACCCGCGUUAUGGUUGAUUAUUCGCCGCACGCUCGCAACGCUUCCUUUUUCUUUUAAACAUUUAAUUUUUUAUUAUAAACUUUAACUAUACUUAAAUUCAAUUAACUUUAACUUGAUUAAGUAUAAUUUGUGAAAGUGAUUUGUUCAUUGGUGUACAACAGAGGAAAGAAGCCACUAGAAGAAGCCACGAGGUUCAAGGUACUGUGCCGACAUCCUUUCUUUCUUUUUCCCAUUGUCCAUUAUUGAGCAAUCAUAUUAGGUAUCAAUAAGAAAAAAUACAGUCCACUAUAUAACCAUUUCAAAUAUUUAGCUUAUAGGUAUAAAGUUUUAUAAAGUAACAUCCCGCGCCUCCAUUAAAAGUUGGUCCUUCGAGCCGGAUAUAUUUCUUAGCUUAUAGUUUUUACCUACGCUCCGCUUAUUUUCGCUUAGUAUAAUAAUUUAGCUAAGCAAUUGUAAUGUUAUGCUUAUAACAUUUCGAUCAUUACUUGCAUCGCUUUGUUAAACGUACGCGUGACCUUGGCAUAGUUUGUCGGUCACUGCAACAUAUUUGCACUUCAGUAAACUUUAUACCUAAUUAUUCUUAAUUGCUUUUCUAUUCUAUUAUAUUGAAUAACUAUAAUUUUACCGCUAUUUUAAAUUCAAAAUGCCGAAGAGUGAUAAGCUUUCGGAAUCUACAGAUCUAGCUGUAGAUAUACAACUCGUAUUAUUAGAACAAAAACGGAAUACAAUAUUCAUUUGUUUACAAGAGGUAUUUGACCUAUCUAAAGAUGCGGAUUGUGACCCUUUGAUGAGGGAAAACUUUCUCGACGCGAGUAGUAAUAUUGAAACGUUACGCUCAGACUUUAUUAAAAUCUUAGAUGAUUAUAAUAAUCGCUUGUUAUCUUUAAAUCCUAAGGCGACUUCAGAAUUUAAAAGUUUAAUUGCAUUCGAGCGGCUUUACAGCCGCGUCAAGCGCUUAGUUUCACUGUACAGCUGUAGUGCUAAUAAAACUGAUAAGGAUACGCCGCGGAGGCUUAAGCCCUAUUUGCCUCCUAUCGAGUUGGUAUCUUUUGACGGGGAUGUUAAGUCUUGGCCUUUGUUCUAUAAUAACUUUAAGACCACCAUACACGAAAAUGAAUCACUUACGGACGGUGAAAAGAUAUAUUACCUAUUAGGAAAACUAACAGGCAAAGCAAAAUCGGCUUGCGCCGGGUUUACACCUUGCGCCUCAAAUUAUGAAAUAAUUUAUAAAACACUUAUUGAUAAAUUUGAAGACAAGCGUUAUCUCGCAACCGCGUAUUUAGAUCAAAUUUACGAUUUUAAGGCGAUGUCUAUAGCAAACGCAAAUAACCUUGAGCAAUUUUUAGAAACAUUUUCUUCUUCAGUUGCCGCUCUUGAGCAUUUAAAGCUAGAUAACCUAGCCGAUUUCAUAUUUAUGUAUAUGGCUUUAAAAAAAAUAGAUACUGAAACGGUUCGUUUAUUCGAACUGUAUAAACGCAGUUCGGAUAUACCAACAUGUAGCGAGUUUAUAAGUUUUAUUCGCGAACACCUAAAAAUAUUACAACGCACUUCAGGUAAAUAUGAUGCUAAGAAAACUUUGGAUCGUAAAUAUGAUACGACAAGCAAAAUUUCAAAACCAACGCAUACAUACCUAAAUACGGCGACUGCACCUACGCAGCCGGUGUGUUCCCUAUGUAAUACGCGACACGAACAUUUGUAUACAUGCUCAACUUUUCAUAACAUGACCGCUAACGAUCGUUUUAAAUUUGUUAAGGCGAAUAAUCUGUGCGUGAACUGCUUAGGGAAGCACCGAUUAACUGCCUGUAACUCUUCUUCACGCUGCCGCCGGUGUAAUAAUUUACAUCACACCAUGCUACACUUUGAUAAUAAUAACAGCGCCGCGGCCACGGGCACCACGUCUGGCGACAGUACUUCACGCACUUUACCUGCUGCCACGCUGCGCAAUGUCGCUUCCACUGUGCGCCUUGCCACUGCCAGCACUUCGGUUGACAGUAGUACCGCUAAUAAAGGGCGAACUUCGGUGAUACCCACGCAACCCCAUGACGUCACAUUGUGUUCCUUAUCUAAUUGUAAUGCUUCCCGCACACCUACUACGGUGUUACUCGCUACCGCACGCGUUGUUGUUUUCGAUACGCAAGGUAGGGAACAUAAUGUGCGCGCUUUAUUGGACAGUGCCUCGCAAAGUAAUUUCGCCAGUCGCAGCUUAUGCCAGCGGUUGGGUUUAGAGACAAACCAGAAACCAUCAUGUUCAGUGGUUAAAGGGAUUGGAGGCACUACUAAGCCAAUUCUAAGUUCGGUUUCGGUGAAAUUCUUCUCCCGCUUUGAUCUCAGUGUGUGUUUUAGCAUGGACUCCCUCGUAGUCGACAAGGUCACGGAGCGCUUGCCCACUGUGUCUGUGGAUAUUUCGUCGUUGAUCAAUUUUAAUAAUUUACCUUUAGCUGACGAUACCUACGCUGCCCCUGGAGAUAUUGAUUUGUUGAUUGGAGCAUCAAUCUUUCCUCACCUUCUCUUAUCUCGUAAAGUUCAAGGUCAGUCUGAUUGUCUCUCACCGCUCGCUUUAGAGACCGUGUUAGGUUAUGUUAUUGUCGGCUCUGCUCCUGCUCUAGUUGAUAAUCACGCGUCUGUCUCAUAUUGUUGUGCUACAGACCCGCUUGACGCUGCUGUACGUAAAUUCUGGCAGAUAGAAGAAGUAAGCGCCCCGCAACUAUUGAGUCCAGAUGAUAAGGCGUGUGAAGAUAUCUAUAGCAGCACGACUACCCGUGAUACGGAUGGUCGAUACAUGGUCGCGCUUCCAUUUAAAGGGGAUGUAUUUUCAUUAGGUGAUUCGUUUAAGAAAUCUAAAAAUCGCUUUCUUUGUUUAGAACGUAAAAUGCAGGCAUCACCUAAAUUAAAGGAGGCGUAUGAUAACGUGAUUAGUGAAUAUUUAAAUAAGGGUUAUAUUUCUCCCGCUCCUCUAGACACUGAAGAAACUCGGAAUUUACCCUCAUAUACAAUACCUCACCAUGGUAUAAUAAGAGAAGAUAAACUUACUUCUAAAUUACGCAUCGUCCUGGACGGUAGUUCAAAGUCCAGUUCCCAAAUCUCGCUUAAUGACAUUUUAUAUAAUGGGCAAAAUCUGCAAGGAAACUUAUUUCAUAUUAUUGUUAAUUUUCGCUUAUUUCGUAUCGCUCUCUCCGCUGACAUUCGUCAAAUGUUUCUUUGCAUUGGAGUUCGGCCAUGUGACCGAAGGUUCCAACGCAUUCUGUAUCGCUUUUCGCCGCAAGAACCCUUGAAGGUUUAUGAAUUUAACCGCGUUUGUUUCGGACUGAAGUCUAGCCCGUUUCACGCUCUUCGUACCAUAAAGCAACUAGUUUUGGAUGAAGGUGCUUCUUAUCCGCGAGCACAGCAAACAGUCAACACUGGUUUGUAUAUGGAUGAUUUUGUCUACAGCAUUGACAACGAAGAUGAGGCUAUUUCCACCGCUGCGGAAGUAAUCGCUUUGAUGAAAGCCGGACAAUUUGAUCUUGUUAAAUGGACAAGUAAUUCACAAAGAGUCUUGGAUUCUAUUACGCCGUCGCAUCGUCUCUCUGCUGUAAAGGAGUUUGAUGACUCUGAUUCGCAUAAGGUACUAGGACUAUGCUGGUCACCCGCAACAGAUAAUUUUAGUCUUAAAAUCUGUACAACCGCUGAAUCAUGUACAAAGCGUACUAUUCUGUCGUGUGUCGCUAGGAUAUGGGACGUCAUGGGAUUUGUUGCACCAGUGGUCUUAUACGCAAAACUUCUCAUAAAACAACUUUGGUUGUGUGAAUGUGAUUGGGAUGAUAUACCACCCGACCACAUCAUUCAACAGUGGUCCCGUUUUAAGGAGGAACUUCCUCUUCUUGGAAAAAUUAAAAUUCCACGACAUGUUGGCAUCGCGUCCGGUGAUGUUGUAACCGUUGUGGGCUUCGCGGACGCAAGUGAAAGGGCCUACGGAGGAGUUGUGUACUUUCAUGUAAGAGACAGUCAAGGUCUUCGCAAAAACUCAUUUAGUCUGAUAAGCGCUAAAUCUAAAGUGUCACCUCGUAAGGUGGUUUCGCUAGCACGUCUCGAGCUUUGUGCAAUAUUAGUCUUAAGCAACUUAAUUGCUAAUGUAAUUAAUGCUUGUAACAAUCGCAUUAAUAUAGAUCGUGUUUUCGCAUUCUCAGACUCGACUGUAGCUCUUUGUUGGGUGCAUUCUUCGCCCCAUCGUUGGGAUACUUUCGUUGCUAAUAGAGUCUCUAAGAUUCAGAAUGAAUUUCCACCGCAAACAUUUUAUCACAUCGCUGGCCAUGAAAACCCCGCUGAUUGUUUAUCUCGUGGCCUUAGUCCCGCACAAAUCAUUGAUCAUCCGCUUUGGUUCUGCGGUCCUCAAUGGAUUCUAUCAGAUCCAAGUUUUUGGCCUGUUACGGAUUUUAAUCCAUCUACUGUGUCUCAGCCUCCAGAAGUAAAGAAGCAUGUAACUCUUUUCACUGCUGAAGACUGUGAAAAGGUUGAGAAAAGUUUUUUAAUUACGCUUGCAAAUCGUUUUUCAUCAUGGUCAAAGCUUUUACGCAUUGUCGUUUAUAUCUGUCGCUUUGUUAAAUUAUUGCCUCGGCGUAGUACUAUAAUCGCAGCGGAUUUAGAUUACGCUGAGAAUUUAAUACUGAGUGACCUUCAACGGUCCCACUUCUUCAACGAAAUCGCUAGCUUACGUACAGGCAAGCGAUGUACCCCUGCUUUUCAGCGCCUCAAGCCAUUCCUUCAGAACAAACUUCUUAGAGUCGGAGGACGGUUGAGUAACGCCGAUAUAAAAUUUGAUAGUAAGCACCCACUCAUACUUCCUCGGAAAGGUCAUAUUUUGAAUCUUAUAGUGGAUUACUAUCACAAAUUGAAUUGCCAUGCAGGUCCGGAGCUAUUGAUGUCCAUACUGCGUCAAAAAUAUUGGAUUUUGUCCGCUCGAAAUUUAAUUCGAAGCCGGGUUCACAAAUGUUUACCCUGUUUUCGACUCCGCGCUAAACCAAAUUUUCCUGAAAUGGCCGAUCAUCGCUCCUGCCGAGUUACACCAGUCGCUAAACCCUUCGUACAUACUGGCACUGAUUACGCGGGUCCCUUUAAAGUGAGUAGUUCGCGUGGACGCGGAAUUCGAUCGUUCAAGGCAUACGUAUGUCUUUUUGUGUGCUUAACCACCCGCGCUGUUCACAUAGAAGUUGCAGGUGAUUUGAGCACAGCUAGCUUCCUUGGAGCUUUUAAGCGUUUUCUAUCACGCCGUGGUCCCGUGGCUCGCGUGUACUCAGAUAACGGCACUAAUUACGUAGGCGCAAAGCGCACGCUUUCGGAGUUACACGACUUCUUAGUUUCAAAACACUUUAACUCUGAGUUUGGUCACGUAUUAGCUGAAACUCGCAUUGAUUGGUCAUUAAAUACUCCAGCUGCUAGUCAUUUUGGUGGCAAUUGGGAGACCAAUAUUAAGAGCCUUAAAACUCAUUUAUACCGGGUGAUAGGUGAUCAAAUUCUAACUUUCGAGGAGUUCAGCACUGUACUUGCACAGAUCGAGGCAGUGAUGAACUCGCGGCCACUGUGUCGCACGCUAUCCAAUGAUCCAUCGGAACCUCUCGCGUUAACACCCGCACACUUUUUAAACUUAACACCGCUAAAGUAUCUACCAGCUAGAGAAAUCGAAGAAGAUAGAUUACAUUUGCUUUCGCGUCAUGAGUUAGUUGACAAGCUAGUGCAGUCCUUCUGGAAGCGCUGGAAGUCUGAUUACCUUCAUACAUUGCAAAUGCGGAACAAGUGGAACACGCCAGCUAAGCCAAUUUCUAACGGCGAUGUUGUAAUAGUUAUUGUUGACAAUGCACCGCCGCUCCACUGGCCGUUAGGAAUAGUGGAGGAAGUUUUCCCUGGUUCAAACGGUGUUACACGUGUGGUCCGCGUUCGCACGGCGUCAGGUACCUAUCUACGUCCUGUUGUACGUCUCUGUCCCCUACCUAGCGAAUAGUUACAUUUGUAUAGGUCAUUAGUUAGGUUAGUUAGUUUACAUUUGUAUAAGUCGUUAGUUAAGUUAGUUACUUUAAUAAACUUUUCUUUAGAUCGCUUUUCAUAUCGCUAUUCAUUUACUUUCUAGUUUUUCUUGAAGGCAACCCUUCAAACCCGGGGGAAUGGUUGCGCCGGAUUGUUAUUUUUAUAAUAAUUUUUGAUUUUAAAUAAUGGUUGCUCAAUACAUAUACCCAUCCUAAUAAUUCCUAGACGCAUCUCUCAUCACCCACCUAUUUUGUCCCAAUCCUAUGUCGGUACUAGUUCCGGAACGGGCUAUAGGUGGCGCGCACGACGAUGAGUCUCUAAUAAGAAUUAAUUAGUGACAAUUUUGAUGACCCGCGUUAUGGUUGAUUAUUCGCCGCACGCUCGCAACGCUUCCUUUUUCUUUUAAACAUUUAAUUUUUUAUUAUAAACUUUAACUAUACUUAAAUUCAAUUAACUUUAACUUGAUUAAGUAUAAUUUGUGAAAGUGAUUUGUUCAUUGGUGUACAACAGAGGAAAGAAGCCACUAGAAGAAGCCACGAGGUUCAAG